UAAACGAAUUCGGGGAGGGAUAACAGAGAAUCCCUUGGUUUUCCUUCAGUCCCCAUUUUCGUUUCUCUCCAAGCGCGCUACGAAUCGGAGCCUGCUGGAGGUUGGCUUCUCUUUGUGCUCCACCGGAAUCGCUUUCCUCGUCGUCGCUUGUCGCCACUAGCCGCUGGUCUUCUGUCCAGUGAAAUCCUGUUAUCCUUGUCAUCACUUCUCACCGUAGCUUCUGAGGAGGAGAUUUUUUCUUGAAACACUAAUCAGUGAAGAGAAGGAAAGCAGUUGUGAUGAAGGGGUCUGGAAGAUUAGCAAGAGCUCUUUAUCAUCAAAAGAGGCAUGAACUUUUCGCACGAACUGAUAAUAUUGCUCGUUUAAACUCUCACCAUCCUGUACUUAGUGCAAAGAUGUCCACCAGAACAACACUGCUUUAUGAUAGCAGAAAUCAAAUCACUCCCUAUUCAUCUUAUUCACCAUUGCUAAGAUCUUCUAUGCUCACUAGGAAGUGGACCCAUUUGGGAGGGCAGAGGAGGAGCAUGUUUGUACAAACUCAGUCCACGCCCAAUCCUUCAUCUCUCAUGUUCUAUCCUGGGAAGCCAGUUAUGGAUGUUGGUAGUGCAGAUUUUCCAAAUGCACGUUCUGCCAUGAAUUCACCACUGGCUAAAGCUCUUUAUGGAAUUGAUGGUGUUACUCGAGUUUUCUUUGGAUCAGAUUUUGUCACUGUUACAAAAUCAGAUGAUACUUCCUGGGAUUUCCUCAAGCCUGAAAUUUUUGCAGCAAUCAUGGACUUCUAUUCUUCUGGCCAAUCACUGUUUCUUGAUUCACAAACUGCAGCUGCCAAAGAUACUGCUAUCCAUGAAGAUGACUCGGAAACUGUUGCGAUGAUUAAAGAGCUGCUGGAGACUCGUAUUCGGCCAGCAGUCCAAGAUGAUGGUGGGGACAUCGAGUAUCGAGGAUUUGAUCUGGAAACUGGUAUAGUCAAACUGAGAAUGCAAGGAGCUUGUAGUGGGUGCCCAAGUUCUUCUGUGACUUUGAAAUCUGGGAUUGAGAACAUGCUGAUGCACUAUGUACCCGAGGUCAAAGGCGUAGAACAAGAAUUAGAUGCCGAAAAUGAGGAUCCAGCAUUAAGUAGCCAAAUGGAGUAGUUUGGUUCUGCAUAGCAGAACUAGAUAGUGUGUGAGCCCAGAGAAGACUUGUUUUUUUGUCUUCAUGUACAGAAGCAAAUAAAACUGCGGGCCAUUUAUCGGCACAGUAAUAUGUUGUUGCUUCUGCAAGUCAGUUGCCAGAAAGUGCGUAAUCAGAAAAGCAUCGAGCUAAUGGAUCUCUGCUACACGCGGGAAAAUAGCUGCCGUUGUGAUUACAAUCCAUUACAUGCAGAAUUUUGGAGUUCUAAUUCUGUCGUGCUAGUUUCAUUACAGGAUAAUAGAUUACAUAUAUUGUGAAGUUAAUUGCUUGCUUUGUUUGGAUUAAUUGUAUUCCUUCUUCAUGCAUCAUUUAUAUCAUACACGGGUCUGACA